GGAGCCUGAAGCUAAAACCUCACCAAAUUCUCAUCUCUUUCAUAUACAUCAUCUCUCUCUCCCCUUCCGACGCAGAAAAUGAUAAGCCAUGUCGGGAGUAUCCACACGCGUUGCCUGCACCUCUCGUACUACGCUGCGGGGCCUCGGCUAUCGUCCUCCGUGCUCUCUUUCCGCCGCCACUGCCGCCGGCUGUUCGCCAGCACCUGCUCCGUGGGAAACAAGGCCGCGGAUGGGAAGGAGAAAGUAAUCGUGAUUUCAGGCCCCACCGGUGCCGGAAAAAGUAGGCUCGCUUUGGAGCUGGCGAAGCGGCUCAACGGAGAGAUCAUAAGUGCCGACUCUGUCCAGGUAUAUCGAGGCCUUGAUAUUGGAUCUGCAAAGCCUUCAGUGAGUGAAAGACAGGAAGUGCCACACCAUUUGAUUGACAUAUUGCACCCAUCUGAAGAAUACUCUGUUGGGCAAUUUUUUGAGGAUGCAAGAAAAGCUACAAGAGAUGUUCUUAACAACGGUCGUGUUCCAAUAGUUACAGGAGGGACUGGAUUAUACUUACGAUGGUACAUAUACGGAAAGCCAGAUGUUCCAAAAGCUUCCCUAGAGAUUGCUUCUGAAGUUGACUCAGAGCUUGCUGAUUUGCAGCAAAAUGGUGACUGGGAUGCAGCUGUUGAUUUGGUGGUUAAGGCAGGUGAUCCAAAGGCCCAAUCUUUAGCUGCUAAUGAUUGGUAUCGUCUGCGUCGCACUCUUGAAAUCAUUCGGUCUAGUGGAUCACCUCCGUCUGCUUUUCGAGUACCGUAUGACUCCUUCCGGGAAUCUAUUGAUUCACGAGUUACAGAAUGCUCUCUUGAUGACGGUUCUUCUGAUGAAAGAAUCGAGGAGAGUAAAUCAACAGAUUUGGACUAUGAGUUCAAUUGUUUUUUCCUUUCCGGUCAGAGACUGGAUCUCUAUAGAUCGAUUGAUUUGCGAUGUGAAGAUAUGCUUUUAGGAAGUGAUGGCAUUUUGUCUGAAGCCCAAUGGCUUCUUGAUAUUGGUCUUCUGCCAAAUUCAAAUUCUGCAACUCGAGCAAUUGGUUACAGACAGGCUAUGGAAUACUUACUCAAGUGUAGAGAACAAGGGGGCUGGAGUUCCUCCAGGGAGUUUUAUGCUUUUUUAUCCGAAUUUCAGAAAGUAUCUAGAAAUUUUGCAAAAAGGCAAUUGACUUGGUUCCGUAACGAGCACAUUUAUCAUUGGCUUGAUGCUUCUAAAUCCUUGGAAAAUGUGCUAGAUUUCAUAACUGAUGCAUAUAAUGACCAAAGUGGGACUUUGAUUGUUCCUGAAUCACUUAAUAUGAAGAAAGACAUAUCAAAGCGAGAAACUUCAAUAUUGAAGGGCUACCGUGCUAAAAAUAGGCAUUUUGUUAGCCGAGAUAGUUGUUCCAGCAUUUUGGAUUGGAUUGGAAGAACUCAAGGACGAACUGCUGAGUUUAUUCAUCAAUAAACACCUAGCCAACUUUCCCUUCAACAUUUCAACCCUUUCGGAACCUGAGCAGUCUAAUCAAGUUUGAGAUCCUUUCUGAGGUUAGUUUUGAUGCUUUAUUCGACGUCUUCGAACUGAUUGCCAAGCAAUAUCAAUGUUUUUGUAUCUGAGUGCAAAUGAUCUCGUGCUCUUGCCUGCCGUCUUUUGAAUACCAAGAAUCACGUUGACUGUCCUCUUGUCUUUCCUAUGGGAAACUGGAUCAGCCACAUUUAUCCAUGCGCCUAUUAUUCUUGGGGUCUUAACAAUCAUUUCAUAUCGUCUCUGAAUUUAGAGCUUGAAGACUUUAUUAUCUUAAUGCUGCAGAAUGACUCUUUUUUGUUGAGCAUUCAUCACCUGAGGGCUCAUUGGGAACUUUCUGAAGCCAUGCGCUUGGUUAUGAGCCCAAUUACGGCUGAAAGACAAUCUGGUGAUUUAGGCUGUGGUUUUAUGCCCCUUGAGAUAAUGUAUGUAUACCGAAACAAGCACUCCUCUUGAUCUGUAUCGUCUCAAUUUUACUCUAUUCUACUCUUUUGUUUUAGCAAAAUGUAUAGUUGCUGCAACAUAGAGCCAAUAUUGUUGUAUAAGUUAUUAUUCGACAUUGACUAA